AUAAUAAUUAAUUACUAGGCCGAGGUUUACCCAAAAGAGGUUACCCUGCCGUGUAGUCUUAGGAUAAUAUUAGAACAGGAGCUGAGCAAAAAAUCCCCACACACGCCAGGAAAUACAAAAGCAGUUAUAGGAUUCAGCAGAGAUCAAAGCCAGGUCUGUGACCGAGGUUUCCGUCGAGAUGCCUCGUCGGUUCAUGAUGGUGCGGGACAAGCCGUACCAAUCGAGCAGUGACCGAAUGACGGUUGCACUACACAGGGCGGUCGAUGGACCCAGUGUGGAGGAGAUCAUUGAAACACAGGACUUUAAACUCCAGGAAAUCAAACAGUCCGUUUUCGCUGAUAUCGGGGGCCCAAUUAAACUUCUUGCCGGGGCCCCUAUUGUAGUGUCUGCGAUUGUGGCAACUCCCAUGUGUUCUCACACCAUUUCUACACACUACAAUGAUAACGUCAUCAGUGAUGUCGAAAUCGAUUUCUCGAGAGCCGAAGAUUUUCUCCAACUUGAAACUCCCAUAGAUGCUCGCAAAGAUCACAACAUGCUCAAGAUCGCAUGCACAAUCCCCAAACAUACAUUUAUGCAUCAAAUCCUUCGAAAGUUCCCCGUCAACAAAAAACGACUUGCCUACAUACAACGACGCCCCCCGGCCAAUAAAUCGUCUGAGACGGGAAAUCUUAUCAUCGGGGACGGUAAAGAGAUCUCCAUAACUUGCCAAGUGUGUGGACAACGUUUCAAUCGCCAACAUCACUUUCAAAGACACAUCUUAACUCACCCGGACCCGGACAAUAAGAAGUUUCUCUGUCAGAUAUGUGGGAAGAGGUUCAAUCGUGCAGAUCACCUAAACCGCCAUGUACUGCUUCACGGAGAUAUAAAGCUGCAGAAGUGUGUUUUGUGUGGAGAGGAGUUUGAUCGUGCCUCACAUCUGGAUCGUCAUCGACGUAAACACCACCCCCCUGCAGGACAGCAGCCCUCACAGACUCCACCCCUAACGCCUCAAAUGAAGAGCCCACCUGCCAAUGUUGUCAUUGCUACCUCUCCUGUUGGAUUCGAUGGAGUUGGAUUCAUGACUAAUGAUGUCAACAUCAAUACACCCGGCACUGGUAACAACCUGCAUCUGUUGGCUGCCGUGGCAACACCUGAUGGCUCUGCAAUUAUCAACCAGCAACUACCCAACCCCUCCACUCCCGCUUUUUAUCAACCCCUCAGCAACAUUGAUUUUGGAACCCCUACAGUCGAAGUGGAACCCGAACGACCGUUCCCGUGCGAAGUAUGCGGCCGCAAGUUUAUCCGAGCCACUCAUCUCAGACGACACAUGCGUAUACACACUGGGGAAAAGCCGUUUGCUUGUCAUAUAUGUGGUCGUCGCUAUUCCCGCGGGGAUUAUCUCAGAGCUCACAUCUUUGCUCAUCGUCGAGACAAAUUGCACAAGUGCAAGCACUGUGGAGAGGUAUUUCAAGACCUAACUCGAUUUGCCGAUCACUGUCGUCUGGUACACAAGGACUUUGACGAUGAACACGGUAACCCGAAGCCUCCUCCUGAUUGCAGCCCACCUCCUGUAAUGUCUACCGUCCUCGAGAGCACACUGGCUGCCGAGUCAGCAAAAGACAUCACCAUGGUACCGAGCAUUCCGGUGUGGGAGACAAACACUCACGGAGACAUGCCUAUUACAAUUAUGAACUAUGCGCAUCAGGACCACCAUGACAUGAUUCUCAACGACUAUCAUGGCCACUCGUUGCCCACCCCCACACACUCGUCGGAGCUACACCUGACUCAUCUACCACCUGGUGCACACAGCCUCAUCAGUAAUGGACAGAUGGGCAUUCCGGAUAACGGCAACGAAGUCACCAUUCUCAAUCAGCCCCCCACUCUCGCAGGGAAACCUCAGAGCACAGAAUACAUUGACCCAGUGGCUCAGUACAUUCUGAACAGUGGCAAUAUUGGGACUUUCCCUACCUCCCACCCCACGCCUGUCAUGGGGCAAGGUUAUCCUCAGUCAGCUUCAUAAUGUAUGGACAAUCAAGAACUGUUCAGCAUUGCAUUGUAUUGUAGCUUAAAUUUAGUGUUUUAAGUAUUUUUUCUGAUUAUUGUAAUAAUAAUAGUUUUCUAUUAACUUCAAUUUGUUUUGUGCAACAGGUAUGUACAAUAAUUUUUUGUCCUCAA